AGAGAGCGGGCGGCGGGCGUCCGUGGAGUAGCGCUCCCGCCUGCCCGCUCGGCUUCGUACUGGGAGGACGCGCCCACCGCCCGCGCGCCCGCCGAGCACCCGGCCGGCGCGCUCGGUUUCUCCGCAGAAGCCGGCCGUGCACCUAGGAAUUAACCGGCGGCGCGGGCGGGAGGGAGCGGAGCGGGCGGGGGGAUGCUGAGCGCGCGCGAGAACAAUAAUAAGAUCGUGUUUGCGGUCGCUGCCCGAGGAGGAAUUCGGAGGCGGCGCGAGGCCCGGCGCUCGCGCGGCGCCCGGGAGCCGGGAGGCAGGCCGGCGGCGGCAUGAGGCUAGCGGCGCUGCGCCUGUGAGCAGCGCGCGGCGGCGGCGGGCGAGCGCCAAGCGGCCGGGGCUCCCCUCCCCCGCUGCCGGGCGGUGAUUUGCGGGCCCGCUGAGCCCCCCGCCCACUCGCCUCGGCCGCCGCCUCGCGCUUCCCCUCGUCGGCGCGGCCGCCCGCCCGGUUCGAGGCCCGCGGGAGCGCGGCGCAGCCCUCGGCCCGCGGGGGCGGCCUCCCGGCAUCUUCGCGGCGACCAAGGACGACCCGGGAGGGGAGCGUCCGGGAUGGCGCGUCCGCGGCCCCGCGAGUACAAAGCAGGCGACCUAGUCUUUGCCAAGAUGAAGGGCUACCCGCACUGGCCGGCGCGGAUUGAUGAACUUCCAGAGGGAGCUGUGAAACCUCCAGCAAACAAAUAUCCUAUCUUCUUUUUUGGCACUCAUGAAACUGCAUUUCUAGGUCAAGACCUUUUUCCGUAUAAGGAAUACAAGACAAGUUUGGGAAGUCAACAACGGAAAGGAUUUAAUGAAGGAUUGUGGGAAAGAAAUAACCCAGGAGUCAAAUUUACUGGAUACCAGGCAAUUCAGCAACAAAGCUCUUCAGAAACUGAGGGAGAAGGAAACACUGCAGAUGCAAGCAGUGAGGAAGAAGGUGAUAGAGUAGAGGAAGAUGGAAAAAGGCAAAAGAAAAAAUGAAAAGGAGGUUCAAAACGGAAAAAGUCAUAUACAUCAAAGAAAUCCUCUAAACAAUCCCGGAAAUCUCCAGGAGAUGAAGAUGAUAAAGAUUGCAAAGAAGAAGAAAACAAAAGCAGCUCUGAGGGUGGAGAUGCUGGCAAUGACAGAAACACAACUUCAGACUUGCAGAAAACCAGUGAAGGGGUAGGAUAG